AUGGCGGAUGGAAUUAUGAAGAAAUUUCCCGAAGAGGUUCCCAGUUAUAUACUUUCGAGACUUACAGUGAAAUCUCUAAUGCGAUACAGAUUCGUUAGGAUUUCAGAAAAAUAUUCGGAUUCCUACAAGGAUCCUUGCCUGAGAGGGUUCAAAGUUGAGAUUUAUGAUUUGGACAUUGAUUCUUGGAGAGAACAAAACUAUAAGGAGGAAGAGUUGCCCUUGGUGUUUUGGGUUCCUUGUUCUGAGAUCUUUUACAAGGGAGUCGUUCAUUGGUUUGCAAUUGUAGAUACAAAGGUAAUUCUUUGUUUUGAUAUGAGCACUGAUACAUUUCGUAAUAUGAAGAUGUCGGACACUUGUUAUGUUCAUGAUGGGAAGUGUUAUGGCCUUGUAAUUUUUGAUGAGUCUCUCACAUUGAUUUGUUAUCGUGAUCCAACAUGUGAGAUUGAUCCAACAGUGGAUAUGAUGGAUAUUUGGACAGUGAAAGAUUAUGGCGUAAAUGAUUCUUGGAUUAAGUUAUACACUAUUAGACCUCUUCCUAUUGAAUCCCCUUUAACGGUUUGGAAGGAUUUAUUGCUUCUUCAAAGUAGAAGUGGACAAUUGAUUUCCUACAAUUUUAUUUUCAAACGGUAA